CUGGGCCUAUAAAUUCUCACUGAAACUAAUCUUCAUUCCACUCCAUCACUCUCGCCUUCCAAUCUCAUUUGCGAAGGAACAAAUGGCCCACCUAACAUCAACUACUUGUCUGAUUUUUGGCCUUGUUAUAUUCACUUCAGUGAUAUCGAAGGGGAACAGCUGUGAGCUAUCCGUAAUUGGAGGUGGUUGCCCUGAUUUAAAAGAAUGCACAGAAACGUGUCGUCCUUGUUAUCGUGGCAUAGGCGAAGUCCACGCGUACUGUGUACCUGCAAGUGGAGGAAUUCCAUAUGAUCAAUGUGUUUGUAGAAUGAUGAAUGGAGCACCCUGUAACCCUGCUGGACCACCGAUUUGCCCCCGACCAUGGCCACCUACUGCUACCAUUGCCACCAAUCACUCUCAAACUCACAAUGCAACUCCUUAAUUACUCAAUGUUAACACCUACAUAUAUAAUGCAUGGAUAUAUUAUUACUUUAUACACCAAGACUCCAAGAGUCAUAUCAACACCAAUAAAUGAAUGAGAAAUUUUCCAGUUCCAUUAUAAA